UCUCGGUGGUCGCCGCUGGAGUGCAGCUAAAGAGUGCGGACAUCCUGAGAGUACACGUCGUCGUGUAUCGCAUCGUGUGUGGGCACUUCUGGUUACGUUUACAACUGUUACAACUCAGUCCCGCAUCAUCAACAAGCGUGUGGUACACUGGUACCACUAGUGUUUACUACGAACAGGUGAAUCUGAAGGCGGGCAGACGUCUCCGGCUUCAUAAAAUAUUUUAUGUUUUGUACGUAGUAUCAAAGCAGUCUUAUACCUUGGUUUAUAUGGAUAACUUAACUGAAGAAAACAUGGAAGAAACAAUACACAAGAACUGUUUUGUAGUAGGACAAAAACUAGAAGGUAUUGAUCCAAAGCAUCCAGCACUAUUCUGUAUAAUGACUGUAUUAGAAGUUUAUGGAUAUCGUAUUAAAUUACAUUGUGAUGGAUAUCCAGAUGAUUAUGAUUUUUGGGUAUGUGCAGAUUGCCCGGAUUUGUUUUAUCCAGGAUGGUGUGAAUUGAAUUCACGCAUUCUACAACCACCGAAAGAUUAUGGAAAGAAAUUUGAUUGGAUUGUAUAUCUUAGAGAGUGUCAAGCUUUACCAGCUCCAAAACACAAUUUUGUCUCUACUAAAGACAUUAAUAGUAUUAAAAAUGAACAUAAAUUUCAUACCGGAGGAAAAUUAGAAGCAUUAGAUAAAGUAACCCGUGUGCUUGCAAAACAGCUAAUAUGUGUUGCCACUGUUGUUGAUAUAUUGGGUAAUCGUGUUUGUAUUCAUCUUGAUGGGUGGACUGAUGAUUUGGAUUAUUGGGUACAUAUUUCAUCAACUAAUAUACAUCCAGUAAGGUGGUGUGAUAAUAAUGGUAAAACGUUGACUCCGCCUAAAGGUUAUAAAGAUGGGAACGAAACAAAAACUUUUAAUUGGACUGAAUACUUAAAAGAGACAAAUAGUGAACCUGUACCUGAAGAUGCAUUUGUCCGUGGACCAUUUUUUUUGUAGCAUUCUAGACACUAAGUGAUUAUUCAUUUUAAUAAUAAUA